AUGAAGGUUCCAACCAUUACAGCUGCCAUUCUUUCUUCUGUCGUCCCGGCAAGCCCAGGUGUCGUUGCAGAAACAUUGAAGUAUAAUCGCGACUAUGACCACGCUCAAAAUCCUGAACUCGCCUUAUUUUCCUGUCCAGACGGUGCCAAUGGUCUUAUGACAAGAUGCAGGGGAAACAACCUCCAACAACUGCGGAACAAGUUACAAGCAGGUACAUAUGUCGGUGCAUCACCUGCUAUUACAAAGUGGAAUGAUCUAAACUGCGGGAGAUUCCUUAGAGCAACGAUUUCCAGUAAUACUAAGACAUUCAACUCGGUGGCGAAGGAAAUUCUCGUUUCGCUCUCCCUCUCCACUCGUCUGCUCUGCUACCUGGGUCCUCCGUCCGCCCUUCUGCUCAUAGGCACCACGUCUCCAAAGGCUGCCCUCCUCUCUCCUCUAAGUCUAGUUCCGACAGCCGUGCUCUGCAAGAAAUGGAAGAAACGCAGAAAUGCCUCUCCCGCUCGCCACGCCGAGAUAGAGCCACUCAUCUGGACUUUCACCUUGAGCGGCACCCUUGGCUUAGCCGCCGCCGCGGUUGUCCAAAUGGGCAUUUGCCAAGCCGUCGGCGCUGUCCUCCUCCCCUCUGAGGAUCUACGCACCGAAUUCUGGACUGAAUUUGGCCGUGCCACUGUUUCCGGGUUAACAGAGGAGCAACUACUCCGCCGUGCCGAACUAGCAUCUUCGUGGCAGAACUGGGUUUUCAACGGCACUUUGACAUACGUUGCCGCUGGUCUAGUCGAGGAAUUCCUAAAAUACAUCCCGGUCAUGUUUGCGCGACGGAGAGACGCCAAGAAGAAACAACGCCGCGAUAGGGCGUACAUUGACUACGUCCUUGCCAGUGCAUUAGGCUUUAGUGUCGUUGAGAACAUCGGGUUUAUUUAUUCAGCAUGCGUGGGAGGCCAGGAAAGCUGGCCGAAAUUAUUGCUGACGCUUAUGGAGAGAGUGGUGGUGGGUCAACUGGGGCAUCUUUCUGUGGCUUGUCUGACGGCGCUGCGGGCUACGCGGAGGGAUUAUCAUGGGGACUCUUUAGGGCUGUGGGGGGUGAUUGGUCCGGCGGUAUUGUUUCAUGGGACGUAUAACUUUGCGCUUAUGAGUGUCAGUGUGAUGGAGGGGAAUGUGGGUUGGAUUCAUCCAAACGGACUGCGGAAUACGGCGUUGGCGCUCGGGUUGGUUUCCGGGAUGAUUGGGCUGGCUGUUCGGAAGGCGAAACAGGAGUGGAGAAAAGUGCAGAAGCAUGAGCAAGACCGUUUGAAAGAUGACGAGAGUCGGAAAUGA